AUGUAUGUAAAGGCCACAGGCAGUGUGGGCUUUCCUCUGAAGAGCUUUGAGGUGGAGCUGGAGGUGAGGGACCAUGUGGCUACAGUGGUCUCCACUCUGAACUACGAGAACAAGGAGGACAAACCAUUAGAGGCUGUUUUUGUCUUCCCUCUGCCUGGAGAUGCUGCUGUCUGUCAUUUCAGUGCUCAGAUUGGACAGACACAGAUUGUAGCUGAGCUGAAGGAGAAACAGAAGGCUCGUCAGGAGUAUGAUGAUGCUCUGAGCUCCGGUCAGCAGGCCUUCCUAUUGGAGGAGAGUGAUGAGAGUCCAGAUAUAUUCUCUCUGCAUGUGGGCAGUCUGCCUCCAGGAGAGAGCGCCUCCAUCAGGUUGGAGUACGUCACUGAGCUGGCUGUGCAGGCUGAUGAUGGUCUGAGGUUCUGUCUGCCUGCUGUGCUCAACCCUCCAUACCAACCUCAGGAUAGGACAACUAUAACCUUUGUUGACACUGAUUUCCAGUCCAGCUCUUGUAGUGAAGGUGCAGGUGUCCAGGUGACUUCUGUUCCAGCCUCUCUGGUGCCCUACAGUCUGUCUUUUUCUGCCCGAGUGUCCUCUCCUCGUCCAGUCUCUAAAGUAGAGUCCAACUGUUCCCUGGACCCUCUGCAGUACCUCAACACUGAUCAAACCCAGGCCACGGUCAAGCUGGCUGCAGGACACAAGUUUGACAGAGAUGUUGAACUGCUGAUUUAUUACAAAGACGCCCACCAGCCCACUGCUGUGGUGGAGACCAUGGCGGAGGCUCUGAAGAAAGUAGAGAAGAUGAAGGCUGAUCUUGGAGGAACAAAGAUCCUGGAGCCCCUCAAACAUAUUUACAGCCAGCCCUGCAUUCCCAAUCAGCCUAGACAGCUUCUGUGUUUCUCUUUUGGGAUUGGAGAAGGGGCCAGCUGUGCUCUCAUCAACGGGAUGGCCAAGGAAGGAGGAGGUCACGCUCAGUUCAUCACAGGGACUGACAGGAUGCAACCAAAAGUGAUGCAGUCGCUGCGAUUUGCUCUGCAGCUGACUGUGAUCGACACCUCAGUCACAUGGGAUUUACCAAAGGAAGUGUCUGUCACUGUCUCUCCACCAAUAACAACACUUUUCCAGGGUCAGAGGUCACUGAUUUAUGCCCAGCUCACUGGACAGAGCUCAGAGGCAGCAGAGGGCUGUGUGACGCUGAAGUACACCCUGGCAGGUCAUCGCUCUGAGAACCAGCUGCGCUUCAGUCUCAGACCUGCAGAGGACUCUGGGUAA